AUGGUCAAAACUUUGCAGUACGGUGUCUUAGCUACAGCUGCCGUAGGCGCACAUGCUGCUUGCCCUUCUAUCUCUAAUGUGAAUGUCGUCAGUGCCGAUGACGGUUCCUCUUCAUUUUGGGGCGCUCAAUUUGGGGCCUAUGUCGAACUCACGAUAUCUGCUGCAGAGAAAGGUGAAUGCUGGUUUUCGGCCCCCUCCAAUGUUUUUGGUAACUUCCCGGAAUGUCCCUUCUCAUGGGACCAUGGUAUAGUAACCGCGGGACAGGGUAGUAAUAACUAUUCCAUCCAGUUGAAUGAGGUUCCUCAAGGUGGAAAUGUUAAACUCGGGUUUCUCACCGAGUUAGACCAAAGCUACAGAAGCUCAGUCACUGUCGGAAAAUCCGACACCUUUUCGUUUCUCACCUCUUCUGGUGAGCACAAGUCUUCUGUCCAGUUCGAUCACUCUCCUUCUUCUGAGAUUUACUGUGGAUGCUGCGGUACGCAACAAGAGGGCAACAACUUGGAAUUUGAUGUCAACGUUCCUGCUUCCCUCAUUGAUGGCAAGUUUAGUAUCACCAUCGAUAAGCAAGAUGGGUACAAAUUCAUUACUGGCCAAAACAAGCUUUACUACUCAACUUCGACCAAUUCUUUUGACGGGACCUCCAAUGAACAAGAAGUUUCGAGUUCUUCGUUCACCGAUUCUUCUUCAGAAGACAAGAUCUCAAUCACCUUUUCCGGUAACCUUCCACAAAACUGUGCUGGUAUAAGAUUAAGUUAUGGGGCUACUGUUGUUGAAGAGCGCGGAAUUUAUUCAAGUGUUUCGAAUGUUGAAUUCACAUCUGGCAGCCAGCAGUUGACCUCUUAUACGUACAGCAAAGGUUACGUGGGUUCUCUCGUUAUCCCAGGGCUAACUGUGAAUGGCUCUGGCUCUAGCUCUAGCUCUAGCUCUAGCUCUAACUCUGGUUCAGGCUCAGGUUCAGGUUCAGGCUCAGGUUCUAAUUCAGGCUCAGGUUCUGGUUCUGGCUCCGGCUCUGGUUGUGGCUCUGGCUCUGGAUCUGCUUCCGGUUCUGGAUCUACUACUGCCUGUGACGUUUGCGAUUCUAGCUCUGUGGCUACUUCUUACGCUAGCGCUACUUCGACUGCUGAUUCCACCACUGCUUGUGAUGCAUGUGAUGCUGCAACUUCUCCUACUUCUGCUACAGUUUCUGCCACCAGCGCUAGUUCUGGAUGUACAUCUGGUUCUGGUUCCGGCUGUGGAGGAGGUUCGGGCCACGGUUCUGGCCACGGUUCUGGCCAUGGUCAAAAUGGUCAUGGCGGUCACGGUAAAGGUGGUCAUGGCUCAGGAUGCCAACAUUAA